GAGAGUGAGAGAGAGAGAGAGAAAGAGAGAGAGAGCGCACUGGUUUUCUAAGCAAAACACAGAAACAACAACGGUGUAUGCGUUCUCUUCUUCGAUUUUGAUUUUCUUCUCAGAAACAUUCAUUUCAGUUCCAAGACAAAAGAAAAGUGUAUUCCAAAUGGCUUCAAGACCCAUCGUUCCUCAACAAGCAAGAGGUGAUGCAAUCGUAAGAGGAGGGAAGCAGCAACAGGAGCAGAAGAAGAAUGGUGCCGGAAACCGUAAAGCCCUCGGAGAGAUCGGAAAUUUGGUCACUGUUAAAGGUGUAGAGGUUAAGCCCAAUCGCCCCAUCACAAGGAGUUUCUGUGCACAACUUCUUGCCAAUGCGCAAAAAGAAGCAGCUGCUGAAAACAACAAGAAACAGAUAUGUGCUAAUGUGGGUGGACCUGCUCCUCACGGAGUUGCAGUUGCUACAAAGAGGGUUGCACCAAAGCCUGCUGCUAACAAGAAUGUGACUACAAAACCAAAGCCUGCAGUAGUGGAAGUCAUUGAUAUAAGCUCUGAAAAGGAGACACCAAAGGACAAGCCUGUGAACAAGAAUAAAAAGGAAGCAGAUGGCAACUCCAAGAAGAAAUCACACACUCUCACUUCAGUCCUCACAGCCAGAAGCAAGGCAGCAUGUGAUCUUGCUAAGAAACCAAAGGAGCAGAUUGUUGACAUUGAUGCAGCUGAUGUCAAUGAUGAGCUUGCUGCUGUUGAAUACAUUGAAGACAUCUACAAGUUCUAUAAGCUAGUUGAGAAUGAGAGCCGUCCACAUGAUUACAUGAACUCACAGCCAGAGAUCAAUGAAAAGAUGAGAGCCAUACUGGUUGAUUGGCUCACAGAUGUGCACACCAAGUUUGACCUCUCUACUGAGACACUUUAUCUGACCAUCAACAUCAUUGAUAGAUUCUUAGCAGUGAAGACUGUGCCAAGAAAGGAACUCCAAUUGGUUGGGAUCAGUGCCAUGCUCAUGGCAUCCAAGUAUGAAGAAAUCUGGCCCCCGGAGGUGAAUGACUUUGUGUGCCUCUCAGAUAGAGCUUACACAAAUGAACAGAUUCUUGUCAUGGAGAAAGUCAUAUUGGACAAGCUGGAAUGGACUUUGACUGUGCCUACUCCAUUUGUUUUCCUUGUUCGUUUCAUCAAGGCUUCAGUUCCGGAUGAACAGCUGGAGAGCAUGGCACACUUUCUAUCUGAGUUGGGAAUGAUGCAUUAUGCAACCUUAAUGUACUGUCCAUCAAUGGUUGCAGCCUCAGCAGUUUUUGCAGCUAGAUGCACACUUAACAAGACACCUCUUUGGAGUGACACACUUAAGCUACACACCGGUUACACACAAGAACAACUUAUGGAUUGUGCUAAGCUACUAGUGAGUUUUCACUCGAAUGUUGGGAAUGGGAAGUUGAAGGUUUUGUACAGAAAAUACUCAGAUCCACAGAAAGGUGCUGUAGCUGUGCUUCCACCAGCUAAAUAUCUUCUCCGGGAAGCUUCUUCUGUCUCUUCUGGCUCUACACAUUGACCAUUGAAUGAAGCAGCAGAAAAAGAAGAGAAGAGUGUUAGGGGGGGGAUUUGGCAAUAACCAUUUGUUAUUGUUGUUACCUGGGCAAUAACCAUCUGUUAUAUUUUUUUUUCUUCUUUUUGAAUAUUUUGUUUUAGAAGCCAUAUGAGUUUGGAUUCAAGAAAACAAUAGUUGAUUAGUAUAUGAGUAAUUGA